AUGGAGUCAACUGUUAAAAGAAGGCACAUUCCCGGAACGUCAGAGAAACAACCCGGUGAUGACAUAAAUUUGUACAAUUUACAAGACGAUUAUAAAGGAAAAAGUUAUCGUCCUCAAACAGAAGCACAUGUUGCUUAUUCCUCAAAUAAGAACAUCGCUUUUUUACAACAAAAUCAGCAUACUGUUAUCACAAUUAUUCUUACACUAUUGGCUUUUUGGACCAGAUUCAGAAAGAUUACACUGAGUAAUCAAGUUGUGUGGGAUGAGGCUCAUUUUGGCAAGUUUGGGUCACACUACAUCAAUCAUGAUUUCUAUUUUGACGUGCAUCCACCUUUGGGUAAAAUUUUAGUUGGCUUUUCAGGUUGGUUAGCCAACUAUAAUGGUUCAUUCGGCUUUGAUUCCGGGGCUGUUUAUCCUGAACAUGUCAAUUUUGGUGUUAUGCGUGUAUUCAACGCGUUUUUCGGUGCUAUGGUAGUACCUCUUUCGUAUCUCACUGCUGUGCAAUUAAAAAUGUCUGUAAAAGCAAGCUUAUUAGCCGCCACCAUGGUUUUAUUAGAUAACGCAACCCUUACCAUUAGUAGAUUCAUUUUGUUGGAUUCUAUGCUUCUAUUCUUCACUGCAACAUCAUUAUUCACUCUUACAGUGUUCCACAAUUUACAAAACGAGUCCUUCUCUCCAAAAUGGUGGACCUGGCUUUGUUUGACUGGUGUAUCCUUGGGCUGCGUUUUGAGCGUCAAAUGGGUUGGUUUAUUUGCCGUUGCUCUUGUUGGUGUAUACACUGUAGAGGACCUUUGGAAUAAGUGGGGUGAUUUGAAGAUGCCCAUGAAGACCUAUCUCAAUCACUGGAUUGCUCGUAGCAUCGGUCUUAUUCUUAUUCCUGCCUGUAUCUACGUUUUCAGUUUUGUCAUGCAUUUCCAUCUAUUAUAUAAGAGCGGCCCAGGCGACGCUCAAAUGAGCUCUCUUUUCCAGGCCAACUUGGAGGGUAACGAUUUCGGUGAUAAUCCUCUUGAAAUUGCUUAUGGCUCGCAGUUGACUAUUAAAAAUUCUGGUUACGGAGGUGGUUUACUUCACUCUCACGUCCAAACAUAUCCGGAGGGGUCAAAACAGCAACAAGUCACCUGUUAUCAUCAUAAAGACGAAAAUAACAAAUGGGUCAUUCGUCCUCCUAGAAACCGCAACGAAAAUGAAUACGAGCGCCCUGAAGAGGAAGACUUUAUCCGUUUUGUUCAAGAUGGCGACUAUAUUCGACUUUCGCACGUUCCUACCAGACGUAAUCUUCACAGUCAUCCUGUCAACGCGCCUAUCUCUACCUCUGAAUAUGAAGUCAGUUGUUACGGUAACGAAACCAUUGGUGAUAUUCAAGAUAACUGGAUCGUAGAGAUUGUGGACGAUGCCGUUUACCGUAAUAAGGAUAGAGUGCGUUCUUUAACUACUCGUAUCCGUCUUCGUCAUGAAAAGUUGGGUUGUCUGUUGACCGCUGAUGGUACCACUUUGCCACAAUGGGGCUUCAAGCAAUCUGAAGUCUUCUGUGCUAAGGAUAAUGAUCUUGAUGAUCCUUACUCGAUGUGGAAUGUUGAACAACAUUGGAACCCCAAGUUACCGCCUGCUCCUCCUAAUGCAUACAAAACUAGCUUUAUCCGUGAUUUUAUCGCUUUGAAUGUCGCUAUGUGGACUUCCAACAAUGCCUUAACUCCUGAUCCUGACAAGUACGAUAUCCUUUCUUCUGAACCUAGUGAAUGGCCGUUCGCCACUGUCGGCCUUCGUAUGUGUGGUUGGGGUGACAAAGAUAUCAAAUACUAUCUUCUCGGCAAUCCUAUUGUUUGGUGGUUGUCUAUUAGUGCUAUUAUUGUCUUCACUGUUUUAACUGGUUUCUAUUUUGUUCGCAUGCAAAGGAAGAUUUUCGAUCUUUCUAAGGACAAAUGGGAGCAGUAUUCAUAUGUUGGUAAAACUCUUUUCCUUGGCUGGUUCUUCCAUUAUAUUCCCUUCUAUAUCAUGGGCCGUGUCACAUAUUUACAUCAUUACUUCCCUGCACUGUACUUCAGUAUUUUUAUGGUGCCUUUCCUAUUGGAGCACUUUACUCGCAAUAGCCCUAAGGCAGUUGUAUAUGCUGCUUAUGCUAUUACUUACGUAGCAGUUAUUGCCACCUUUAUUCACUUUGCACCCGUUUCCUUCGGUUUGACAGGCCCUAUCACUAAUUAUGAAUCCCUUGUUUGGAGAGACACUUGGAACCUCAUUGAAGAGAAGAGAAAUUGA